AUGGCAAGAACUAGUUUCUCAAAGGCCUACUGGCGCCUGCACUCCUUCUGCUUGAUUCUAGCUUUGGGGUCCUUUGUUUGGGGAUACAAUGUUGGCGUCUUAGCGUCUGUACUCGUCCAUCCCGGCUUCAAGGAGGCUUUGCAAGCACCUGAUGCGCCGCGAAGCGGUCUCAUCACGGCCAUCUACUAUCUCGGCUCCUGGCUGAGCUACAUAUUCUUCGCCCACCCCGCCGCCGACAGGUGUGGUCGCCGCUAUGCCGCUCUCGCGGGUAUGGUAGUUAUAUGCCUUGGCCAGGCACUUCAAACCGGUGCCUCCGGGUCGCAUGCGCUAGGCAUGGUUCUUGCAGGCCGCAUUGUCGCUGGCAUGGGGACCGCCAUCAUCUCAACGAGUGUCCCACUCUACCAAAGCGAGAUAGCCCCGCCAAAACAGCGUGGGCGAUACGUUGUGAUGAACCAUGUUGGCUUUGUUGCGGGCCUCGCUAGCGGAUUCUGGGUCGGAUAUGUCAUGACCUUUUGGGACAACAGCCGGGGACAGUCCGUGGGAUGGCGGUAUUCCCUCGGUGCAUCAUUUAUCCCAGCCCUGGUCUUCAUCGUCACGCUUCCGUUCAUGCGCGAGUCUCCCCGAUGGCUCGUUGAGCACGGCAAGGUCGAGGAAGCCUUCGAAACCUUGCAGUUCUACCGAGAAGGUUACUACACCGCGGAUGAAGUACAGACGGAACUCUCCGAGAUCGAACGCUCCGUCGCCGUGUUUAGGAUAUCGGGCCUCACAUGGAUCUCGCUGUUCUCCGAUCGCGCCCUCUUUGCACGUCUAUGGCGAGCGGCGCUUUUGCAGUUCAUGGCUCACAUGUGCGGCGCUAUGGCUAUGAAAUACUACCUCCCAGUCCUGUUCAAGGCUUUGGGUUUCGGUCACCGCGUGUCUCUACUUGCUGGUGGUAUUGAGAGCACCUUAAAGACCGGCUGUACCGUGAUCGAAAUGCUCAUCAUCGACAAAGUCGGUCGCCGCCUCACCCUUAUCGCUGGGGCCAUCGUCAUGGCGUUCGCCCUGUUGAUCAACGGCGCACUACCGCUGGCCUACCCCAACAAUAUCAACCGAGCCGCCGACUACACCUGUGUCGUCUUCAUUUUUAUCUACGCGCUGGGUUUCAGCAUGGGUUUCGGUCCCGCCGCCUGGGUUUACGGCGCCGAGAUUUUCCCGACCGCUGUACGCGCCCGUGGGUUGAGCCUAGCUGCUAGUUGUGGCGCCGCUGGUGCCAUCAUCGUUGCACAGAUAUGGCCCGUAGGCAUUGCCAACAUCGGUUCCAAGAUUUACUUCUUCUUCAUGGCCAUCAACUUAGUCAGCGUGCCUAUUAUUUACCUUCUCUAUCCGGAGACAAAGGGGCUCCCGCUUGAGGAAAUGGAUGCCCUCUUCGGAGGGGCCACCGCUGGGAGUUCUACUGAUGAUCUUCUUGCCGAUAGAGAAGAAGCACUUGACCUCCCCAGAGCGUGA